GCGAUAGAAAGCGAGAGGGAUAGAAAGAGAGAGAGAGAGAGGUUUCUCAUACACAGACAUUGCAUUGCAUUGAAUGUCUUGGAUGUACUCUGAUUCAGUAGCCUGGAUGACCACUCAAUUGUUAAGCGUCUUGGAAACUAUGAGAAGGCAGAGGCCACGAAGAAACAACUCCACCAAUACCCUAAAUACAGCAUCAAACGAGGAAUAAUGUCGAUAUAUAACGGGACUGGAGAAACAGGUGUAAAGGACUACACCUAUGUACGGGUUUGUGCGUCGACCAUCUCCUUCAUAACAUUGGCGUUCUUCAACAUCCUCAUUAACUGGACGAUAGUGCUCGAGGGGCGACUCCGGGGCCAUGCUCGCUUUGUGUUGGUUUUUCACCUGUUGGUGUCUGCUCUGGUGUACUUCGGGAUGAGUUCUGUUUUCUACCUCCAGAUCUACUUCGGCGCCAGGCCAGUGGCAUCCACAUGUGUGGCCAUGAUAACCGUCCUAAUCACCAGCGCGUCCAAUAUCCUUCUGACUCUCACUGCUAUGUCGCUAGACCGUUAUUUUGCUGUCUGUCAUCCUCUGCGUUACAGUUCUGUCUGGCACUGGCCUUGGCUAGUUGGGCUACUGACAUGGGGACUCGCACUGGUUAUCCCCCUCACUCUGUUUACCAAGACAGAGAGGCUCGCCACUGGUCCAAAUGGGGAAUGUGGACGGGAACAGCUGAAGAAAGGUGGCCUGGAAAAAAUAUUGUUGAUAUCUGUGUGCACGGCGCUCAUUCUGUACAGUUAUGUAAGGAUACUGUUUGAGGGGCGACGGUUGGGAGUGAUGAAUCGACGCAACAGUGUCGGAUGCAAGACCGUCGCCCUGCACGUUACUCAACUCGCCGUAUACAUCCUCCCCAACUUCGUGAACUUUGUGUUAACAGUUCUCCAGAAACAAGGUUACCUUCAACCAGGGACCAAAGAACUGUCAGCGGUGGUUAGUUUUGCCUUCUUUAGCUUGGCGCAGUGUGUCUCACCAAUCGUCUACGGUUUGCGUAAAGAGGAACUCUUGGAGCAGGUGCAUCGCCGAUUCCCCUGUUGUUCCCGCCCCCUGAAAAGCCUCCUGGGCCCGGUUUCCCAAAAGCAUCUUAAGGCUAAAUUAAUCUUAGAGCCCAAAAGCAUUUUAAGGCUAAAUUAAUCUCAGAACCAUAGGUUCUAACGAUGAAUUUAGCCUAAAAUGCUUUUGGGAAACCGGGCCCUGGAGUGGACCUUGCGAGCCAUAACGCCUCGUCUGCAUUCCCAGCCAAGUGAAAGAACACUGACAUUCCAGACAGUCAUCUCACUGGAGUUCCCACAGACCCCAGUUUGAGGGGAUGUUGAGAACUAACUAGCCACCGUUCCCAUAACUUCACUACCCACCAGUACUUCUCCUGUGCUCCAUAGACUGGGCUGAAGACGUUUUGUACCAGACUGAUACUGCCUUUCAGAUGUCAUGGAGACACUGGUGGAUGGCGGACAUAGCAACCAGACGAAAGGUGUCACUCUCACUAUAAACAUUUGAGAGGAUUCUCCCUUUUUUGCUGAUGAACAUUCAUACAGUAGGUGGUUAUCCAGCAUCUGCAUAAUGCUGUGAAAGUGCUUCUGUUCUACCCAGGGUGUAGUGACUUUAUAGGCUGGUCUAUGGACAGACCAGCCUCAGACUACCUGUAAUAUGUUAAUAUGUUUUUUUGUGAGAUAAAGUCAAGACAAUAUCUAUUACUUGAGAUGAAAAGAUUCUGAUUCAUUCAAACAAGAGCCAGAUUGAACAUUAUUGCCCAUCUUCAUCGCCAUGUGAACCUUAGUGACAGAUUCUCUGUAAUAAAAGAGCUGAAACUGAACAGCAUGUGAUCUGGA